UUUUUCUCUCUUGCAUUUCAUAUGCCUAAAACAAAGGGCGAAGAUAUAGAUCUCUAAAUCGUCGCCCUUUUCUUCUCAUAUGUGAAUCUCAGAAAAAGUAAGAAUCAAUGGCGAAAUCGAGCGCCGACGACGAUGAACUACGACGAGCAUGUGAAGCAGCUAUAGAUGGAACCAAACAGAAGGUCGUAUUAUCUAUGCGCGUUGCUAAAAGCCACGGGAUCUGGGGUAAAACUGCCAAGUUAGGCCGUGGAAACAUGGCUAAGCCUAGAGUUCUCGCCAUCUCUACAAAAGCAAAAGGUCCAAGGACCAAAGUUUUUCUUCGUGUUUUAAAGUAUUCUUCAGGAGGAGUGCUUGAGCCUGCAAAAUUAUACAAACUGAAGCAUCUUUCGAAGGUGGAGCUUGUGACGAAUGAUCCUAGUGGAUGUACAUUUAUGCUGGGAUUUGAUAACAUCAGAAGCCAGAGUGUUGCUCCUCCACAAUGGACCAUGCGUAAUCUUCAUGACAGGAACCGUCUUCUACUUUACAUCUUAAACAUCUGCAAGGAUGCCAUCGGUCGACUUCCAAAAGUCAUUGGCAUAGAUGUGGUGGAAAUGGCUCUUUGGGCUAAGGAAAAUACGACCACAGUCACUAGGCAGAUAGUUUAUCAAGAUGGGCCUGGGCCUGGGCCUGGGAUUGGGACUAUUGCAGAUUCUGUCAUUCCUGACAUGAAAGUGACUGUAGAAAGAGAACUUGUUUCCCAAGCCGAGGACGAGGACAUGGAGGCUUUGCUUGGCAGUUAUGUAACGGGUGUUACUGAAGCUGAAGCAUUUUCUGAACGAUUGAAACGGGAACUCCAAGCCCUAGAAGCAGCAAAUGUGCAUGCCAUUCUGGAGAGUGAGCCAUUAAUGGAUGAGGUGUUACAGGGGCUUGAGGUGGCUACAAGUUGUGCUGAGGACAUGGCUGAAUGGUUGGGCAUUUUUAAUGUAAAGCUCAGGCACAUGAGAGAGGACAUAGAAUCGAUAGAAAGUCGAAAUAAUAAGUUGGAAAUGCAGUCAGUAAAUAACCAAGCAUUGAUUGUGGACCUUGAUAAACUUCUUGAGCGUUUGCGUGUGCCUACUGAGCAUGCAGCAUGUCUUACAGGGGGUUCAUUUGAUGAAGCACGCAUGCUUCAAAACAUAGAAGCAUGUGAGUGGUUGUCUGGUGCUUUGCGUGGUCUUGAAGUGCCCAAACUGGAUUCUUGCUAUGCAAACAUGCGCUCUGUCAAAGAGAAGCGAGCUGAACUUGUUAAGUUGAAAAACACUUUUGUCAGGAGAGCAUCAGAAUUCUUGAAAAACUAUUUUGCAAGCUUGGUGGAUUUCAUGAUAAGUGAUAAAAGCUACUUCUCACAGCGGGGGCAAUUGAAGAGGCCGGAUCACGCUGACCUACGGUAUAAGUGCAGAACAUAUGCUCGUCUUUUACAGCACUUGAAGAGCCUUGACAAGAAUUGCCUGGGGCCAUUGAGAAAAGCGUACUGUACCUCACUUAAUUUGCUGUUACGCCGAGAGGCUCGUGAGUUUGCAAAUGAGCUUCGAGCUAGUACAAAAGCAUCAAAAAGUUCUAUUGUCUCGCUAGAAGGUUCCACGGGUUCUGGCCAAAAUAUGAAUAAUUCAGAUACUUCUACAGUUUCAGAUGCAUAUGCAAAGAUGCUUACAAUUUUUGUCCCACUCCUCGUAGACGAGAGUUCCUUUUUUGCACAUUUCAUGUGCUUUGAAGUUCCUACACUUGUACCAUCUGGAGGUGCUCCUGGUAGUAAAGCUGGCCCAAAAGAGGAUGACGGUAAUGAUGAUGAUCUUGGCAUCAUGGAUAUUGAUGAUAACGAUAGCUCAGCUGGGACAAAUCCUGGGGAGUUGGCAGCACUAAAUGAGUCUCUUCAAGAAUUGCUUGAUGGCAUACAGGAAGACUUCCAUGCUGUGGUUGAUUGGGCAUACAAGAUGGAUCCUUUGCGGUGCAUAUCUAUGCAUGGAAUUACAGAGCGCUAUAUUUCUGGGCAGAAGGCUGAUGCAGCAGGAUUUGUCCGCAUCUUGCUUGAUGAUCUUGAGUCUAGAAUUUCUUUACAGUUUAGUAAAUUUGUUGACGAAGCUUGUCACCAGAUUGAAAGAAAUGAGCGCAAUAUUAAGCAAACGGGUGUUUUGUCAUAUAUAACAAGAUUUUCAACCCUUGCAACUCGCAUGGAACAGUACAUUCAGGGACAGUCCAGAGAUCUGGUGGAUCAAGCGUAUAUGAAAUUUGUUACCAUUAUGUUUGUGACCUUAGAGAAGAUUGCUGCACAAGACCCGAAAAAUGCUGAUAUUUUGCUUUUAGAGAAUUAUGCUGCCUUCCAGAAUAGUCUGUAUGAUUUGGCCAAUGUUGUUCCCACUUUAGCAAAAUUUUAUCACCAGGCGAGUGAGAAUUAUGAACUAGCAUGCACACGUCACAUCAGCUUGAUAAUAUAUUUCCAAUUUGAACGCCUUUUCCAAUUCGCUCGAAGAAUUGAGGAUUUGAUGUAUACAAUCACACCGGAAGAGAUCCCAUUCCAGAUGGGACUCUCAAAAAUGGACCUGAGGAAGGUGGUGAAAUCAAGUUUAUCGGGUGUUGACAAGUCAAUAAAUACAAUGUACAAAAGAUUACAGAAGAACUUAACCUCAGAAGAGUUGUUGCCUUCAUUGUGGGAUAAAUGCAAGAAGGAGUUCUUGGAUAAGUAUGAUAGCUUUGCUCAGCUUGUUGCUAAGAUUUAUCCAACUGAGACCAUUCCAUUAGUUGCUGAAAUGAGAGAUCUAUUGGCAUCCAUGUAAAGUAUUCUUUUCCUUUUUACCUAUAUAUGUUGUGUAUUUUAAUUUACUUUUUACUCUCUUAAUAAUUUCCCCCUUUGUGUGUAUGUUCUAUGUUCUUGGUGAAAACUUUUUAAAAAAGUUUGUUAAUUGGAAAAUAGAUCAUUGUUUGCUUCUA